GGCUCCUCCUUUCCGGCUUUUACCUAUUUCCAGAGCGCGCACACGCACACACACACACACACACAGACAAAUACACACACACACACACACUCUCUCCUCCCUCUCUCCGUUGUUCUCUUUCUGGGUCCUCAGUUCAACAGGCGAGUUUCCCAAAGACUUCCUCGUGCCGGGUUGUACAAGUUCUGCUUUGUUCGUGGCUUGAAAAUACCUUCCUUUUCUCAUCUUUACGCAGACGGAUAUAUAUCUUAUUCUUCCCUUUUUAUGUCUCGGAAUUCUUGUCGACCUGCGGAGAGUGAAGGCUUCAUGAUGAAUAUUUGGGGCCGAUAGCAUAAAAGAUGUAUUUUUUAAGGGAAUUUUGGAGAAGGCAUAGAAGGAAGAUUUUUGUUACAACAGGUGUUUUAGGAAGUGGGUAUUUUCUGUAUAAAUUAUAUGAUGCGCAUAGACGUAGCCUUGCUGAUCUGGAAAGACAACUAGCAAAUGAGCGGGAAAAUGAUGAAAUCAUCAAGGCCCAAAUGCAAGCUCAUUUCCAAAAUAUUCAGAGAAUAGCUGAUACAACCACAUUACCUCAUGCAAUGAAUUUUUUAAAUAGUCGGAUAGCAGAGGAGCUGGAUGUCGGUCCCCUUACCCAGAGGUUAAAUAGAGAGAAAGCAACUUUGAUGCCUUCCGAGAAACUUGAGCUGUGGGAAAGACUCAAAACUUUAAGUUUCACAAGAAUGGUGAUGUCCGUAUGGGCCGUGACAAUGCUCAGUUUGUAUAUCAGAGUUCAGGUUAACAUUCUUGGAAGGCAUUUAUAUAUUGACACUGCACGUGGCCUUGGGAGCUCUGAUUUAUUUGACGAUGCUGAUCUAAUUGAUACAGACAAUGAGAAAAAGUUUCUGUCUGGUGCUGAUUUUCUUGCAAACUAUGGCAUGCCAGCGUUGAUUUCUGAUUUGCAGGCAGCAGUUACAGAAGUUCUUAAGGGAAAGCAGUUGAAAGAUUACUUCAACACUACAGUCCUCCAUGAAACUGUCAUGCAGAUUCUUGACAUGUUCAUGAGCACUGGAAAUCCCCAUCAUUGGAUUGAUUAUUUGAUGCCUGAAGAUACAAGGUUGCACAAGCAAGUUACAGUCUCCGACAAUAACUCUGCAGUUUCAUCUCCUGUAACCAAAUUUGAUCAACUAAUGGCUGAGACACGAGAAGUGCUAUCAAGUGCUGAUUUUGCUAGUGUUUCCGAGAUGUCUCUGAGGGCUGUGGUGGGUGCACUCAUGGAGCAUAUGGAGACUCAAUCUGAAGGCAGUCUAAAGUCGGGGAUACCAUUAGCCAGGCUUCUGUCGCAAGUUGCCCGGACAAGUUCAUACUUGGUUAAUGAAGCAGGCAAAAACCAGUUCAUCGAAAUCAUUAAUAGAGUCCCAGAAGUCGAGCUUUUCUUCACUCUCCUCUACGCGAAUAUGCCAACCUCUCUAGCUUAACCAGCAUGGUUUUAACUCCAAAUUCUCAUCAUACCCGCUUCAAACUUUCGGACAAGGAUGCAUCGAAAAGCAAAGAACUUAAACUGGACAAUAUUUGGGGGUUUUGGUUUCGAAAAAUUUCAACAACAAUAAAGCAAUAAAAGCAAAAAUCGAGGCUUUUUCUGCAGAAAUUUGUAAUUCUUGCUAUCUCGAUCAUCACUUGUAUAUUUUCUGUGUUACACCCCAGAAAAGGUGAUAAGAACAAAGCUGUGAGUUGGAGGGUUUAACCAUGAUAAAUGGUUGUUUUUGGUAUUUUUUUUAAAUCAUUGUAUUCAGUGAUGGUGACCAUGGAUGAACAAUAGUGAUAAAAAUCCCAGCAUAGCAUGUUUUGGGUUAAUGAUUUGAUAUGCGUUCUUUCUGUUUUA